CCAAUUGCGUAGUCUCUCAGAGUAGUCCAACUUCCCACUCUCUCCCCCCACCCCUCAUCUUCUUCCCCCUUCAAAUUUCCGGUGAAGAUGCUGCUUGGGAAGCGCCCUCGCCUUCCGAUCAAAAGAACCACCAGUAUGACCGGAAUCAGGGGGGAUAUUCCCGACGUGGAAUUUGAAGAACUGUCCGAUCAGAACCCCCACGAUCUGCACCACCCGAUGGCGGUUCCUCAUAAUACCACCACCAUUAAUUACUCUGCCUUGGUUUCUCCUAGAAAUUUAAGAAAUCAGCCCGCACGUGACCUCGCUCAGCCACCUACCGAUCACUUCCUCCGUACGUGCGGUCUCUGCAAACGUCGCCUCGCUGCUGGCCGUGACAUCUACAUGUACAGAGGGGACACGGCGUUUUGCAGUUCGGAGUGUAGAGAGAAGCAAAUAAAAGAAGAUGAGCGAAAAGAGUACGGAGGGAAGAAGAAAGAGGAACGGCAAGCGGCGGCGAUGGCAUCGACGACGGUGGGAGGAAGGGGGUCGAGGAAGAAGGAACCAGACGGCGGAGGACGCUAAUUUUAAUUAUUAGAGUGGAGAAACAGUUGGAAAUCAAUUACAAGUAUAUAUAUAUAAUAUAUAUAUAUAUAUAUAUAUAUAUAUAUAUAUAUUGUAGUAGAACUAGGGAGGUUUAAGAUAUAUUAAUAUAGAUAAUAUUAAUAUAAUUCCUCCACCACCUCCAACACCGACUCCGAUUCCGCCUGGGGCGGGAUUGUUCACUUGCCAGUUGUCUGGUUGUUGGAGUUGAGAUUACUAUAUGAUGGGCAUAUUUUGGUAUCUUGUACAAAUGGAAUAUUUAGAAAAUCCAAAAAAAAAAAAAAGAAAGAAAGAAAAAGAAAAAGGAAAAGGAAAAAUGGAAACAUGCUGUGGGCGGAAGUAUUAUUUGAUGUAGACUUUUAAAUUAGAGAUAUUGUAAUUUCAUGAUUUGAACAAGUGGAGUUCUAUGUUCUAAAUAGCUACAGGACCUAAAAAAAACAAAAACAAAAUGAAAAUAAGAUUGUUUUUUCUUUA